CAUAACUCGCAACCUCAGUCGUCAAGCCAGCGUAGGGCAUCCCCCGCUGCGACAUCGCGCGUGCAGAGGUAUCCGGGUUGUCAUUUUGCACAGCCAAGAGCCGUCAGUCAGUUCCCCGGGCGACCAGGCGUGACAAAGACUGCAAUCAGCCAUGCGGCUCUCCCUCUGCUGCCUCUUGGCCACCGCAGCCGCGCUGCGCCAAACACCCGUGACGCCGGCUAAACUCCUGAGGAGAGCUGGCGCCGCCUGCCUCGGCGCCGCGAUUACCGCGGCGCCCCUCGCUUGCCUGGCCGACGGCCAGACGGACAAGUUCAAGCUGCCGCCGAUAAACUUCAAGGACACGACGCGCUGCGUCUUCAAGUCGAGCGCCAUGGGCCAGGCGAAUGGUGCGAGAGACACUUUAGCUGAUUUUAGGCAGUGCUCCAUGAACGGCAAGUCCGCCGACGGCUUCGACCUCGCCGGCGCGAUCAUGUCCGAGGCCGACUUCACCUCUGCUUCAUUCCGGGAGACGGUCAUGAGCAAAGCGUACGCGCGCGACUCGAAGUUCACGAACGCGGACUUCAGCAACGGCGUCGUCGACCGCGUGUCGUUCGACGGAAGUGAUUUACGAGGCGCCAUCUUCGCGAACGCGGUGCUCACGGGCACGUCGUUCACGAACGCGAACUUGGAGGGCGCGGACUUCAGCGAGGCGUUCAUCGGCGACUUCGAGCUGCGCAACAUCUGCAAGAACCCGACGCUGUCUGGGGAGAACGCCAAGACCGGGGCCCCCACGAGAGCCUCGGCGGGGUGCAGGCAAUAAGCUUACCUUUCGAACACUAGCCACGUCGUCAGGACGCCGUCGCUG